AUGGAAAAGAAAUUUUUUUUGGAAGAGGAUGACAUGUUAGAAGAUACAGAUGACGAGAAUGAGGAUUAUACUCCUCUAAAUGAAGACAUGAAAUUGCGAAAGAUUAUGAUGAUUUUGGCCGGGGACGAGUUCAGUUUUGGGAACAAACGGGGACUAAAUGGGACGGACAGGGAAGGGCCUGUACUAUCGAAGUUGGGCUCGACCUCCGAGCUUCGUCCUAAGCCUGACGCCAAGCCCAAGACAACAGCUAUGCCUCCGACUAGUGUGAUGACUCGGCUCAUAUUGAUUAUGGUGUGGCGGAAAUUGAUUAGGAAUCCGAACACAUAUUCCAGUCUUAUUAGGCUCACAUGGUCUUUGGUCUCGUUCAAGUGGCAUGGUGAGAUGCCUGCAAUAAUAGCCAAAUCGAUAGCUAUUUUGUCUGAUGCCGGUCUUGGAAUGGCAAUGUUCAGUCUUGGAUACUAG